UGGCGGUGGUGGCCGCGGUGGUGGGACCCAGGGCGCGCGCACACUGCCUGCUCCCCCUCCCUUACAGCCAGCAGCCUGCCUGCCGUCCACACACACCGCGCGCGCACACACGCGCACACACACACGCUCACACCCGUGCGCGCGCGGGCGCACACACACACUCACACUCACACACACACACACAUACACACACACACACACACACACCCGCGCGCUCACUCCCCCAGCCCCACGCACGCACUGGCCCUGGGAGGCAGCGGCGGCGGCGUGCUCCGCGCUCUGCGCUCAGCUCCGGGUGGCCCCCGCCCACGGACGGUCCCGCCCGCCCCGAGGUCAGCCCAGCGCUCAGCGGGCGGCCCCCGCCCCGCCGGGCCCGGGCUCGCCCCCAGCCCAUGCCCCGCAGCAGCGGCGGUAGCGGCGGCGGCGGGGACAACGGGGACAGCAGAGGCAGCGGGCACAGCGAGGACAGCGGCGGCGGCGGCGGCGGCGCCUCAUGAGCCGGUGGAGCGCCACGGGCGAGGCAGCGAGCCGGGGCCGGGGGCUGCACUGAACCCCGGGGGGCGGGGAGGGGGAGAGCGCCCAGGACGGGACCAUGUACCGGGACUCGGAGACAGCUGGCGGCCCAGGGGCACCCUCCCGGGACGUCCUGCUCGUGUCGGCCAUCAUCACCAUCAGCCUUAGUGUCACCAUCGUCCUGUGUGGGAUCUGUCAGUGGUGUCAGCGAAAACUGGGCAAACGCUACAAGAAUUCCCUAGAGACCGUGGGCACCCCGGACUCGGGGCGUGGGCGCAGUGAGAAGAAAGCUAUCAAUGAUGUAGACAGAGAAUUUUGGAAUAACAAUGAGAGCACAGUGCAGCAGAAAUGGAGCUCCUACCCUCCCAAGGAGUUUAUUCUAAACAUUUCACCCUACGCCCCUUAUGGCGAUCCGCGACUGUCCCUCAAUGGUACCCUCCUAGCAGGCGCCAAAGUGGCCGCCGCGGCGGGGCUGGCGGUGGACCGGGAAGGCCGGCCAGGGGAGAAACAGGCGCUACCUCCGCCACUGCCCAGAGAGGACACCAUGAGGAGCAGCGUGUCUGCCCACAGCGAGCCCAGCAAUGGGAAGGCGGGGAGAGGCCGAUGGCACACAGUGCAGAGCCACCUUGCCACGGGGAAGCUCAGCCGGUCCAAUUUCGAGGACUCCACCUUGUCCACGGCCACUACCCUAGAGUAUAUCCCCAGCUCGGCGGGAGACCCGAAAUGCCAGCGACCCCGCACCCUGCUACGGCAGCAGAGUCUCCAGCAGCCGCUGAGUCAGCACCAGAGGGGCCGGCAGCCCAGCCAGCCUACUACCAGCCAGAGCUUGGGGCACCUCCAGGCCCAUACGGGCUCGGCCCCGGCUGCCGCCAACCCCCGAGCUCAGGGCCGGGGCCAGGCCCGCCAGGGCGCUGCAGCCGGUUCCAAGUACCGGGCAGCAGCUGGGGGCCGCAGCCGCUCCAACCCGGGCAGCUGGGACCACGUUGUGGGGCAGAUUCGAAACCGAGGCUUGGACAUGAAGUCCUUCCUGGAAGGCCGGAUGGUGGUGCUAUCCUUGGUCUUAGGGCUCUCGGAACAGGAUGACUUUGCCAAUAUCCCUGACCUGCAAAACCCAGGAACUCAACAGAACCAGAGCGCUCAGGGGGACAAGAGGUUGCCAGCAGGUGGGAAGGCAGUGAAUACAACUCCCGUCCCGGGCCAAACCCCCCACGAUGAGUCUGACCGCCGGACCGAGCCUCGAUCUUCUGUCUCAGACCUUGUCAACUCCCUCACCAGCGAGAUGCUCAUGCUGUCCCCAGGCUCGGAGGAUGACGAGGCUCAUGAAGGCUGCAGCCAGGAGAACCUGGGCCGGAUCCAGUUCAGCGUGGGCUACAACUUCCAAGAGUCCACCCUCACCGUGAAGAUCAUGAAAGCCCAGGAGCUGCCCGCCAAGGACUUCAGCGGCACCAGCGACCCCUUCGUCAAGAUCUACCUGCUCCCCGACAAGAAGCACAAGCUGGAGACCAAGGUCAAGAGGAAGAACCUGAACCCCCACUGGAACGAAACCUUCCUCUUCGAAGGCUUCCCCUAUGAGAAGGUAGUGCAGCGGGUGCUGUACCUCCAGGUCCUGGACUAUGACCGCUUCAGUCGUAACGACCCCAUUGGGGAGGUGUCCAUCCCUCUCAACAAAGUGGACCUGACCCAGAUGCAGACAUUCUGGAAGGAGCUGAAGCCAUGUAGCGACGGGAGCGGAAGUCGAGGGGAACUGCUCCUGUCCUUGUGCUAUAACCCCUCUGCCAACUCCAUCAUCGUGAACAUCAUCAAAGCACGGAACCUCAAAGCCAUGGACAUCGGGGGCACAUCUGACCCCUACGUGAAGGUGUGGUUGAUGUACAAGGACAAGCGAGUGGAGAAGAAGAAGACGGUGACCAUGAAGAGGAACCUGAACCCUGUCUUCAAUGAGUCCUUCAUCUUUGACAUCCCCACGGAGAAGCUUCGGGAGACAACAAUCAUCAUCACUGUCAUGGACAAGGAUAAGCUUAGCCGGAAUGACGUCAUCGGCAAGAUCUACCUGUCCUGGAAGAGCGGGCCUGGGGAGGUGAAGCACUGGAAAGACAUGAUUGCCCGCCCUCGGCAGCCCGUGGCUCAGUGGCACCAACUGAAGGCCUGAGUGGGGCCUGGGGAGGCCCGGGGGUGGGGCUGUGGGCCCAUGGUUUGGGGGUCGCGCCUUCACACUUUAUGCACAAUGCCCCGGGCGUGGCCCCCGCUGGGUGGGGGGAAGGACCCCCAUGGGCUCAGCCAGGGAGGGGGCCCAGGACUCAGUAUGGCCAUGUUUCUAGGAAGCGCCAGCCCCCCCAUUGGGGGGGCCUUUGGGAGCCAUUUUCCUGCUUGCCCCUUUUCUUCAACUCGCCGACACUAAAGAAACAGGAGGGGGGAGAGAGAGAGAGCAAGAAAGAUGGAUGGACAGAGAGAUGGACAGACGGCAGGACAGAGAGAUCCCUCCAGAGGCCCCGCCUGGCGGAGCUUGAUGUGGCCGCCAUUUUCUUUAAGGUGGCCUCUGGAGCUGUGGGCUGGCCCAGCCUCAGCCAGCCCCCGGUGGAAGGGGGCAAGGGCAUGCUGAGGCCACAGCGAUUGGCCUGGCUGGGAUGGCCCUCCUCCCCUGGGGGCCCUUGUGUGCCAAGGGGGUAUAAAUAGCCUGGCUUCGGAGCCGAGGUCCUGUGUACCUGUGCUGUGUUCAACCUAUUUGCGUGUCUGUGUGUGCGCGUGCGAGUAUGUGGGGAGCCCACGGGGGCUCCAGAUGACUCGCUGGCCUGGUCCUGAGCUUGUGCUGAGGGUGGGGGUUUGGGAAGGGUGAGGAGUGCAGAGAAAGGAGAAGGAAGAAAGAGGAGAUGGCUGGAGAGGGGAAGGGGGAGUGGAGAGAAGGCUCGAGGGGCGAAAGACAAGAUGGUGAGAAGGGAGGAGAGACUCCUUUGUGUCCCCCCCACACACACUAUCCCAUCGUAGCUUGGAAUUCCAAGCUGGAAGGGGCCUGAGGAGGUGGUUUUCCAAGCCCCUCGUUUUUCGAAUAAGGAAACAGACUCCCAGACUUGCCCAGAGUCGUAAGUAGCAGAACCCAAAUACGAACCUCGUCCUCGGAGGGCGGAGCCCAGUGGGGUUCCCACUCAGAGACGGGCCUCCCGCUGGCUUGAGAACCAGGAGAACCUGUUUCCUGUUCUCUCUGCCUCCGAGUCUGAGCCCGGGGGGGGGGGGGGGGGGGAGGGUCUGUGUCUGAAGGAACCCAGGGCCUGGGUUUUCCAAAGUGUGUUUCUGGCUCUCCCUGCCACGGAACGGGGCUUCUGCAGAGCAUGCACAGAUGGGCUCCCAUUUCCCUUCUAAAACGUGAAGUAUGACGUUCUGUAUGUGUGGAAAAUAGAGCACGUGGCAUUUUUUAGUCUAAAACUAGGCGUAGGAUCAUAGGCAUUAGAGCUCAAAGGGCCCUUCUAAGGCCAUCUUAGUCCAACCCUCUCAUGGUUGAAAUUGGGAAACUGAGGCCUGGAGGGGUCAGGUCGAUGAUGGCAGGAGCAGAGCUGAGAGAUGAACCCGAGUUCUUUCACUUGUGCAAAUCCAGUCCUGGUUCUCCUGCAUCAUACUCCCCCCUUCUGUUUUGCUUCUAUAUGUCUCAGCCCCUCGUUCUCCCCAAGAGAAGCCCAGGCCAAUAUUUAUCACUUCCUAAAACCAUAGUUCAAGGCUUCAAGUGCUCCAUGGACAACUUAGUACCUCAUCUCCGUGUGAGCUAAGCCUCAGAGGCUCUUUCAUUAAAUAGUCGACCGAACGACCCCAGGGCCACCUCCCUUGCUGGAUGACCCCAUUGCUGAGAAUUGUUAAGUAGGCUGAGCCCAGCCACUGCCCCUGGCAUGGAUGCGCAGUGCCCAAGUGGGCCUCGUUCCAGCCCUGAAGCUUUUCCCCACUAAGCGGUCCCACGUUGUCCUCCAGCUUCAAAGAUCCCAUCGUCCUCGUUCUCACUUGGAAAAGUGGUCCCCCCGACGCUGUCAGGUACCUCUCCUAGCCUUCUAGAUUCCCCCGUUCCUUCAGACCCUUUAUUCCUCAUUUCCAGACCCUCCCCAGGUGCCGCCCCAACUCCUCACCUCCCUCCCAGACUGCCAGAAUUGCAGGUAACCUCAGAGCUGAGAGGGAAGGACUUUAGGAUUCGGAAGGACCUUUGAAAUGUAGCCUAUGAGAGCUCUGCACGAGCCCUUGGAACUUUGAAUGGAGAUUCGUAAGAGCAAAAGGAACUUUAGGACAUGGAAUGUUGGCACCUUCGGUGGUAGGAAGGAAUGUUAGCACACAGAUGGGCAGUACUAGAAGGGACCCUUGAAUGUCACAUUGGAGAAUAGGAUCUACUUUAGACGGUAGAUCCCCAGAGCUAGAAUAGCCUUUGGAAGGCUUGUCAUCAGAGCCGAAGGAAAAUCUGGAACAUCAGAACUGUGGCUGGAGGGCCUUGUCUUAGAAUAGAAGUGCAGCAGGUCAGAGCCAGGGGGGAGUUUAGGGUACAGGACAUGCGGUGUCCGUUAGACAUUAGAUCAUCAAAGGUUGGAGCUAGAAGGGUCCUCAGAGCAUAAUAUGUCUGAGCUGACCUUGGAACCUGCAAGGUCCGAGCUAUAAGAGAGCCCAGAGAUUGUCUGGUGCACGCCCAUGAUGUCCCAGCCUCUCUUCCCUCUCCCUGCCUGAGCCCAGCCACUCCAUUCAACUCUGCUAACCCAGAGGAGGACCCCAUUCAGCUAGGACCACUCCCUCCUCGUUCUGGAUUCUGGAACUUGGGGUGACCACCAAUUUACCCCCAGAGUGUUUCUGAGCCCCCAACAGACCAGCAUGAGUGAGGUUCAGGGAGGGCCUUGCCCCUUUUCCUCUGCCCACUCCUUGCCAAGAGAGAUGGGAUGGGAGCAUGGGAAGAGUCCCUGAGAUGGCCCCUGCCUAGACCCAUAGAGUCGUGGCUAGUUGCUCUGCCCUCCCCCCACCCUGCUCCCUGCUGUUGACUGCGUGCCGACUUCUGGGUGAUCCCAGCUGAUAGUCAGCUCAUCCCCACCCUAGCAGCCUGGUUGGAUGGCCCACAAAGCCGGUGCCCCAGGAGCAGGUGUGGGCCUGCAGUUCACAACACUGGCCACCAGAUGGCAAAUAGACAUCAUGGGCUGACUCCCUGCCCAGGCUCUGGAAGAAAAGUUGACCUGGGACGGAGAAGACAAAGCAGACGCCCUCCCAUGUGUGGGGUGGGGUGGGGUGGGAGUAAGGGGAACGGGCACCCCAGGAGAGGCCAAAGGUUAUCCCCAGAGACCCAUCCCCUAGGUCUGAAGGGGGCAGGCAUCUUUGGAUUCGGGGGUGUCUUCUAGGAGGCUUGGGGUUUGCCCUCUGCUUAGAAUAGAGAGUCCUAGAGUCGGGAUAAGCAGGAGAACGCAUCCAGUCCAGCCACCUAGCUUGCAGGUGCAGAGAGACAACAGAACAGAGAAUGGCAGGACUGGAAAGACCCUAGAACUCGGAGCAUUGAAUGGUGCACCCAGCAGGACCUUCUGAGCAGAGAGGGGUCUUAGAACAUAGAGUAUCUCAAUGAGGCAGAAGUCGUUUGCUGAGGUUACACCUGAAUUAGAGACAGAGCAGGAUCUGAAUCCAUUUUUUCAGGCUCCAUACCGAAUAAAUACUUACCACUACCCCAGCCUGUCUCAGUGGGCUUCAGUGCUGAACCACUUUCCAUCACAGAUAAUAACUCCCAGGAGCUCUGAGGCCCAGCCUUGUUGGGUCUUAAAGACUCUGCCCUCUCUCCUUCUCACUCUGUGUCACCUUAGACAAAUCACUUAAUUUCUCUGGAUCAGAAAAAUACAGGGAUUGGGCAAGGUGGCCUAAGGGUCCCUCCCAGUGCUCAAUAUAGGAUUCUCUCAUCCUAUGAAUGAAUGAAUGAAUGAAUGAAUGAAUGAAUGAAUGAAUGAAUGAAUGAAAAAUCUGGGCUCCUCCAAUCUGAAUUCUCUCCCCAGCUCUGUUGGUUCAUAACUAGCUGUGUGACAUUGGGCAGAUUACUUCAUCUGUUUCCUUAUUGGUGAAAUGGGGGUGGGGAGUGGUCUAGAAGGGGAUCCCUCAGGCCCUUUCAGAUCUAAAUUCUGUGAUCCAAUAAACAGCACAAAGGCUCGGGCUUGUGUGGAGGGGAGCAAUGGAACAGAAUGGGUGGUGCCCCUCAAGGGAAGCAAGAGUGGAAGGCAGAGCCGGCCACAGCCAGGCACAGCAGGGAAGGGGAGAUUGUGGGUGAGGAAGUUCAGAGAAGAGCAAGAGGAUGACGUGGUGUGAUCGAUUAGGAGAGAUUCUUCCCCUCUCGGAGCCUCAGUUUCCUCCUCUGUAAAAUGAGGGGUUUGGGGCAGUUGGCCUCUAAGGUCUCUGCUGGCUCUAAAUCCUGAUGGGUGGGAGUCUGGGAGUCUGUAGUCUGGGGAGGGAGGAGGAGGUGAGGAGCAGUUUUAGGGAGGGAGGGAGAAGGGUUGAUGGGCUCUGGCUCUCUGCCUCUGGGUGUUUCUUGUGUCUCCCCCUUUCUUCCCUCCUCCCCCUCCUCGUGGUGGGGCGGGGAGGGACCAGCCAGUCAGCCAGCCCCCAAUCUCGCCAUUCUUAGCUAGCGAUUCCCAGCUGGGGUCAAACCAAAUCGUAUUAGAGUGGACAUGGCCAGCAUCUCUUUGUUUCGGUGCCUGGCCCAUGCAGCUCUUAGCCAAUCAGAUGCAAAGAUGCUCUCUGGGUGGUGUCUUUUUCUUUUUUUCCAAAUGGAUCAGGUGCACAUUCGGGAUGGGAACCCCCUGCUUCCUCUACCUCCUAUUCCCAUGUCCUUCCCAAACCUGGCCCCUUACCUUGCAUCUUGGGCUGGACUGUUGAGCCUUCCUGUCCUUGCUGAAGCACUUCAUGCCCCUUACAGCCAAGUGAGGGAGGAAGGAAAGAAGGAAGAGUGAAGGGGAAAGUUCCCUGCUCCAAGGCCCGCCUCUGGUCUCCAUAGGAUUGAGGCGUAGCUGCUUAAUGAGACCAUGCAUGGGGCACCCAGCCCAUCCUCAGACCAGUGGGUGCCCAACCGGCUGAAAGCCCAGUGGGUCAUGGUGGAAGGGGCUGGUCAGAGGUAGGUGUGACAGGACACAGCAGAAGCAGCCCCAUCACCGCCCCAGGGACCUUGGGAAAGUCAGCCAUAUACCCUGUGGCUUAUUUUCUCCACUUGUAAAAGGGUGGUAAUAAUGAAUGCUUCACCUACCUCACAGGGGAGGUUGUUAGGUUGUGGUCGCCUGACCUGUGUUUAGGGGUGCCCUGGAUGCCCUUGGAUUUUGAAGGGGCUACCCAAGGGCAAAGUGUUAUUAUGUCUCCCCUGAGAGUGAAGCCCACUUUCCCCUUCCUAAGGGGGCCUCCUCAAAUUGCUGAGGUCAAGGAUAAAAGCCUAUCCCUCCCUGCCCCAGUGCCCUGAGUCCCUCCCGUCCCCAUUAGGAUGGGAGAGUCAUCUGUGGUCUCUUUAGGGAUGCUAGAGCUCUUAGCUAUCACCUUUUUCAGGUAUGUCUUCUUUCUUGUGACCAUCCUCCUGUAAACUGCUGUACAAAGUUUCUCCCCGCCCACCUCCCCCCAACCCCAGCCCUUCACCCAGCAACACACCUGAGGGAGGGGACAGGAGAGACAACAGCCUAAAGGCUCAGGUGGCCUCCAACCCCCAGCCCAAGUGGGGCACAGGGGUGGGGACUCUGCUGUUUCUAUUCUGUUCAGCCCUCUUCCAGCAAGUGUUUUAUUAAAAAAAAAAAAAAGAAAAGAAAAAAAGAAAAAAAAUCACCACCACAAAACAAAACAACAACAAAAAAAACCAAACCACAAACCUCAACAUUCUCAACGAAGAGAAAGGAAGAAAAACUAAUGGGAAAAAAAACCAUAAACAUGUUUCCACCACACACACCCUCUAAGCCAGCGAGAUUUCCUCUUUGCAGAUUCAUAUUUUUGUGGGAAUGGCCCCUGCUUUUUGUGGAGUGGGGCCCUUCUGAUUAAUAAAUGAUAGUGAAAAAGUAGGGGCUUGACUCCUUCCUCCGCCGUUCCUUAGCACUCCCCCCAGGAGAAGGAGGUGAAGGAGAUGGGGGGACAGGCUGGGGCUUCCC